UUCAAUACAAUUCCUGACAUUAUUUACUUUUUUUUCACAUAUUUUUGAACAAGCGAUGCCUGAUAUCUGUUUGUAGUGCUUUGUCCUGUUCCAUGGUGGUGCUCCAUUUCGAAUGUACCGGAGUUGCUGUGAACUCCAGCAAAGGACUAAGUACCAGUGCACCAGCAUCUACCAACAGUCUCUUCGAACACUUUGAGGAAUCUGUAUUGAAUGGUCGAAUAGAGUCUGUUGGGGUGGUCAGUGGCUUUACAGCAGAGUUUGGAGCCGGAGGCUGCUUCUGUCCCAAACCUGUGACAAUACCUGUUACUGCCUACUUCUUCCAGCUGUCAGAUGAAAAUGCCCCCUCGCCCUACCUUGUAAAUCUGAACACCCCUCUCUACAUUGUAAAGUGUGAAUCUCUCACCCUACCUUGUAAGUCUCUACAUUGUAAAGUGUGAACCCCUCACCCUACCUGAUAAGUCUGAAUAUCCCUCUCUACAUUGUAAAAUGUGAAUCUCUCACCCUACCUGGUAAGUCUGAACACCCCCUCUACAUUGUAAAGUGUGAACCUCUCACCCUACCUGGUAAGUCUGAACAUCCCACUCUAUAUUGUAAAGUGUGAAUCUCUCACCCUACCUGGUAAGUCUGAACAUCCCUCUCUACAUUGUAAAGUGUGAACCCCUCACCAUACCUGGUAAGUCUGACCUCCCUCUCUACAUUGUUAAGUGUUAACCCCUCACCUUACCUGGUAAGUCUGGACACCCCUCUCUACAUUGUUAAGUGUAAAUCUCUCACCCUACCUUGUAAGUCUCUACAUUGUAAAGU